UAACUUAUUUGAGAACCUAUUUUGACACCAUUACAGCCAUUGCCAUCCCUAUAUGAGACGGGGUGAGUACUAUUAUUACAAACCAACAGGCCGAAAAUUUCGUAAAAAAAAAUAAAAAAAUGGGAGAAGACUUUGAAAAAUGACUUGGAAGUUGGAAUCUAUCGUAUGGUAAUGGUCUGUAUGGAGUAUUGGACUAUGGAAGCUUGGAAGGAGAACGGCCGCUGAACGGGGAUUGGGUAGUCUACUAUACUUCCUUUCCUUCCUUGGAAAUUGUGCAACUUCCUUAUUUCCUUAGUUUUUACAGAUACUGAAAAUGCGGGAAGAUAAAUCCGCCAUUCCUUCCUCAUCAUUCAUUUUCUCUCUCCUAAUCUUCUCUCUCCUCACCAUCGCCGUUUCAUCCACCAACGAUUCCCAGAUCCAAUGUAGCAAACAAUGUAUCGCUUUUAAUUGUGAUAAUGUUGGUAUCAAAUAUGGGAAAUAUUGCGGGGUAGGGUACAGUGGAUGUGCAGGAGAGAAGCCUUGUGAUGAUGUUGAUGCUUGCUGCAAAAUUCAUGACGAUUGUGUUGACAAACAUGGUAUGACAAAUGUAAAAUGCCAUGAGAAAUUCAAGAGAUGCAUCAGGAAAGUGCAGAGAUCUGGAAAGACCGGAUUUUCCAAGGAAUGCCCUUAUGAUGUUGUGGUGCCUACUAUGGUACAAGGAAUGGAUAUGGCUAUUUUGAUGAGUCAAUUGGCUACCCCGAGGGUUGAACUUUAGCCCAAUAUUGCAUUGCUUUAAGAGCUGAAGCAUUAAAAUUGGCUUGCUACUGUAGAAAAAACACUGAAAAUUUUGUGCUUCAGGAUAGAUUCAACCAUUGAGGAGUUAUACUAGGAUUAUUUAAAGGUUAUUUUUUGCCAGGAAAACCAAGGAUUCAUUUAUUCAUUAUAUUCAAUUUCUUUACACGGCAAUUGUCAGGUAUUAGUGAAUAUACUUCUCUUUUUUCCUUUGUUUGGUUUAACGAACU